GUUACAAAACAUAAAAUAUGUUUGUCCCAGUGUUCCAAACAUUAAAGAAAGAAAGAAGCAGGCAGAGAUCUACACUUUGAUGAUGAUAAGGCAUUGUCGUACUGAUAGCGUACGCACCAGAUCUCAUUUUACGGAAAAAACAAACCGCAUUACUUGAUCUAGUGCUGUCUAAAAAACAAAACGGAAGCAGUGGAAGCCUCGAUGUUUACAUGUCUACAUUUCAUUAUAUGAGCUUCAGUCAGCGUCGGUUCCCUCUUCUCCCCAACGUCUUAUGAGUUGUAAGCAGUGGUAAACUAAUAGUAGGCAUUAAGAUCUCCUUAUUUCUUCCCACUAGGCUCAGCCAAAAGGGGUGCUGGUAGAUCAUUCUACUUUGUGUGCUAUAGACAGUAUUAGAGUCUAGACAUAGAGAUUAAACUCUACUGACCCGUAGUAGGCCUUAGUGUGUAUAUAAUUUACAAACAGAACAUAGCGAUAUGGUGGGCCAAAGAAAUCAUUGUAUCUAGAUCUAGUUAGUUUAAGAGGCAGGUGGCUACAGCGCGGUGCAGCAGUUCUUUGAGGACGGAGAUUUCUAAUUCGGGAUGUGGGUCCCACCCAGCUUUCUUGGAUACCUCGCUUAAGUUAGGGAAAGUUGAAGGUGAUAGACCGUUGUGCUGAUCAUAUAGUCAUCGCAAAGAGAUUCACACAAACAUCUUUAUAAUUGAGUUAGUGAUCAACGAAGAAUUGACACGGUAAAUUACAGCGAUUUGCGCGAUUCGCCAUGGGAGGGUCCAAGAAAGUAGAAUAUCCCCCAAGGAAGAGCUUCGCCACAUCGGAAGCGCAGAACAAGGCGUUUGCACAAAACAGGGCCACUAAAGGCGAGGCGCUCUUGUUCGUACGGAGAAACCAGAUCAUCGAUGAAAAGAAAGCCAUUUUCAUACGAAUCCAAAACAUCGCCUUCAGCACGUCAGCCAACAACGAGACUGUCCGAGAGCUCAAGAAAACCGUGUCCCUCCCGGCCAGUAGAGUGAGCACACCCAGCACGCCAGGCACGCCCAAAAGAAUGAGAGCACCAGCCGCCAAAAUGGGGAAAAGGCCGGCCUCCAACAGCUACCUUAAUAUCCUUGUGCGCAACAAGAAAUCUUCUUUCGCUUCUCUGGUCGACCACUACGCGCAACUGGACAACAACGAGGAUAAAACGAAGAGCAAGCGAAACAUAACGUUGGAAGAAGAGCUGCGCCAAAUCGACACCUUCUUCGCGAACCUGGGAAAAAAGAAAGAUGCGGCAACGCCCAAGGGGAAAGCUGAAGAAGACAACAAAAAAGUUGCACGCCUGUGGAAAGACUUGGGCUAUACGGUAGUUAAAAGUGAGAACAGGCCGAGCAUCUACGAAAUCUCGUCACCGACACAGUCACAAUUAAAAACAAACUCACUGGACAGGCAACUCAAAGACAUUCGAAAGUCUUAUGUGGAGAUGACAAAGCCAGAGGGCUCUACGUCAAAUCAGCACAGCGUAGACAAUAAUAAAACGCUUCAAUCCAACAGUCAAAUUUCGGUUGAAUGGACAUCUUUGACGACUUCAAAUCAGGACUUUGCUACGAACACUGCAAAGAGCAACGUGCCGAUAAACACCAGGGCUGUGUUAAAAUGGUCCGUAACCCAAGAUGGCUCCUCCAAGAAAAAUCCUCCAGGUGUGAGUGACGAAGAGAGCAAGCCGACAUCAAGAUUGCGAAAGUCCUACGAAAGAUUGAAGUCCUUCUUUUCUAGAAAGAAAGACUCGUCUCCAUCGCCAAGACCGGAGGAUGGUAAAACGUUAAGCCAAGCUUUAUACAUUUCCAAAACCAACUCGGACAAAAACGACCAAAUGAGCACAAACUCCACAACACAGGCGGCGAUUGACGAGAACCGCCACGUCAAAUGGUCUGAUGGAAAUACACCAAGCCAAAGCAAUAAAAAAUCGCCCCAAGAGCAAGCAAAGAAGGCUAAAUAGAGCGAAAAGCUCCAAGACGUCAUUAGCAGCCGAUCCCACCUGGCUUAGGCCAGAAUAGCGUCAGCAGACAAAGCAAAGGAGCUAAUCACUUUGGAGUUUCCACGCCCGGAUGACACUAUGAACCGGGAGGAAGGCGGUGAAUCCCAAAGCAGGCGGUGAACAUAAUCCAUUUGUUUCUGGGUAAGGGAAAGAAUGUGGCCUUCCUUUAUUUUAUAUAAUAAAACAAAUGUACACCAGUUCCAAUUCAUAAAUCGGGCGAUUAACUAGAAAAAGAAAGCUAUAAAAUGCGAAAAGAAUUUCAAAUUAGGUAACUAGUGGACUUCAUCACAGUCAAUGGAAAGACAACUUUUUCCUAACUCACGAUCUACACAGUGACUAUGUUAUAUCUUAAAACGAUAGACAAGGCUAUCAGCAUAUGGUAGGAAAUGAUCUGUAUCCAAUGAAUCAAGAUAUGGCAAUGAAAUGAUGGCAAUGGUGUGUGAAGACGUUAACAGUCUGAUCUAACUCACUGUAUAUAACGGAUGGCGUCUUAGGUUUGUUGCAGAAUGCUUAGUAGAUAAACUUGCAAGGCAUUUAGGAGAAACAUUAAACAAUGACUUAAUAAUGGUCUAUGUUUGUAAACUGAACAGAGGUCAAUAUUGUUAACCAUGACUUAGUCGCAAAGUGUCUAGUUACUUAGUCAUGGAGUGUCCGACAUUUCUUCUAGUGCUCUAAAUCUAGACCAGUGAAUGAACUAUGUGGCAAGAGCAAAUAACUGUAUGUGACAUUGGUGUGCAUUUAGUUCGAGUCUGACUAACCAUCUCAACUCUACAGAAUAUCUACAUCAACACUAAAAUAGUCAUAAAUCAAUACAAUUAGAUAAUGACUAAAACACCAAGUGUACAGUGUCAGGGAAAACAGAAUAAGAGGUUCAAUUAUUGAGUUCAACAAUAUAUCCUAGUGAGAGCUCACCAAGAGGUCAACUGUAAAAACAUUACUAAAACUCUCCAGUGGUAAAAAAAUAUAUACAUAAAAAAAUAAUUCAUCAAAAGGUCACAUUCUAAUAAACAGUUUUCAGUGGAAAAACUAUAAGUUGAGCAAACAAUACGUUUUUGAGCUACACAAGAAAUAUCUGAUUGAGGCAAAAUGUGAGCACUGCAUUUAGUUUAAAAAAUUGAUUUCAACUAUUUUGCUAUAUAGAAAGAGACAUAUGCAAAUCAAUGAUAUAUUAACAACAACGAAAUAUUUAGAAAAUUUGUUUGCUUUGAAAAUGUAAAGAUUUUUGUAUAACAGAUUUGAUAAAAUGUAUUUAUAUCAUUAUUAUUUUAUACCAUUAUUGUACAUUUUGAAUAAGUUCUAAUGGCUCAGUGAAAGAAUAAAUGUUGGCUGACUUAACUCUUUCUCUCCUAACCGACGAUACAAACGUUGAUUCCAUCAGAAUGUGGUAAAUAAUUUGGGAGAGAAAGAGUUAAAACAACAGCCUUCUCUCACUUUGUUUUAGGUAACCUGUAGUUAAACAUUGAAAAUAAAACUAAUUAAAACAGAA